AUGAUAAAAAAAUAAGAAAAUGUUAAUGACUCAACAGUUAGUGACCUCAGCGACCAAGACACUAUAAUUACUCCUUUGUAAGAUAGCGGACAGACUCAUAAAAAUGGCUUUUGUGAAAAAAAAAGAAUGAUCAUGCUUCCUUCUACUUCAAUACUUUAAUUUGGCUCAUAUUUCAGUAUUAAUUUUUAAUCGUUCGUAAAAGAACAAUUAAUGGAUUCAAUGCACUUGUCAAAUAAUGACUACAGCUUGUUUGUCCUAAUACCUAAUUUACCUUGCAUUCCCUUACCAUUAAUGAUAGGUCCUAUUUUAGAUUCAAUUGGAGCUCGUUUAGGUACUCUCGUAUUUUCAUUUUUGCUUUCUGUCGGAUUAGCCUUGUGCAUGAUUUCUAUAUUCCAAGAGUCCUUUGUCUGGCUUGUUAUUGGAAAAACAAUAUUUGCUAUAGCUAAUGCAGGUCUAGGUGUUUCUCAUGGGUGUAUUGCUGGAAAAUGGUUUACUUCUAAGGGCUUAGGGGUUGCAUUUACCUUAUCAAGCUUUUUUUGUAAAAUUGCCAGUUCAAGUUCUGGAAUACUCUUUCCAUAGCUUUAUGAUAUCAAUAAUAAUUUAAUGGCCCCUUUAUCUCUUGGUUUAGCAUUUUGCUUAAUUUGUUUAGUAUUAUCAGUAGUUAUAUUUGUUGUUGAUAAAAAUGCCGAAAAACAAUAAAAUUUACAAUUAUAGGAAGGUUAAGUGAUAGAAAAGUAUAAAUUUAAAUUUAGUGACCUAAAAAAAUUUGGAGUAGUUUUUUGGAUGUUUGUGAUACAAUGCCCAUUGAUGUUUGGAGCAUUUUAUGCUUUUGAAAAUUAUCUUUAAAGUGUUUUGAUACAUAAAUUCAUGAUAGAAAAGACCUUAGCAGGCGAACUUGUAUCAAUUCCUUAUUGGAUUGCAUAUACCACUCCUUUAUUUGGUUUUGUGGCUGAUAAAUUUGGUUUGAGAAUUAUAUUCUUCGUAUUAACCUCUCUACUUUCUUUUGUUUCAGUUUUUAUCUUAUGGAUUUUACCUACUGGUGAAAAUGAUGUAAUUGUUUACAUUUCCCUUGUAAUUUUUGGUCUCUUUUUGAGUGCUAUGUGUGCUUAUCUUUACCCUUCCUUUCCUUUACUUUCAGAAAAAGAACUUUUAAGUACAGCUUUUGCACUAGGAGUUUCAUCUAAAAAUGCAGGACUUGCUAUUUUUAACUACGUAAGCAAUUUGAUUUUGGGAAGCAAAUCUGAAGGAUAUAAUAAUUUUUUGCUUUUUUACUUGAUUAUCUUCUUAGUUUCAUUAAUUAUAUCUUGCUUUAUAUAUUUUUAUGAUCGUAAGCAUGGCUCAAUAUUAAAUUCAGCUACUCCUUAGCGUUAUGUUGAAUAUCUAGCUGAAAAAAGAAAUAAAAUCAACGAAAGUUGCUAUAGUGAAGAGGAAGAUAAAUUGACAUCUUGA